UCCGAGCGUAUCUACAUUCGAGGGUGGUACUGACUUCACUAGGAGGAGAGACUCUAGAGAUGGUCGAGAUGGAUCAUCGUCUUACUUACAAGAAAUUCCUCUCAAUCUCGCGGUGACCGGGGCCGGACUAUGGUGACAAUUGACAUUCUUCUCUCACUGACAGUCUUUCACUAAAUGUUGUCCUCGCGGAAUUAAUGAGGUAAGAUGGCUAGUGAGAACGUCCUCCCCCUCCCCGGACUCGCCCUUCAUCGUCAUGUCCACCUCUGCAAGGAAACCUCGUAUUACGACCGGUGCACUUCGUAGUAGUCGACUCGUCGUACCAGCUCCAACAGUGCCUUCAACUCGAGUAGGGGCUUCAGCAAGAGUAGCUCCUUCAGCAAGGAAAGGACGCCUCGUGGCGGUACCAAUACCCAAAGCUGGUCCAUCACCGUCGAAGCGCCUCAACGACGUCCUUACGGAUGCCUUGACGAGAGCAAAGUCGAUCAAAGUCACCCCUGGUAACCGUGCGGCUCUUCAGAACGCUCGUAAACUUGCUGCCUCCAUUGUUAGUGUCCUUCCCGAGGAUGAGAGCGUUGUCAAGGACCUUGCAUACGAGCUUCAUUGCGUCUCUCUGAGUUCAUUAGUUAACGAGCUUACCACGGAGGUGAAACACAAUCCACAGGAUCAGGGAGAUCAGCAAGGGCAUAUGCUGCAGUGCAUCUUGGAGGAAAUUAUUAACUGGUUUCCUGACAUAUGGCUGACAAUGGCGGAUGCGAACACAGAUAUGGAGCUUGUCCGUGGCUGUUUGAUGCUGUGCUCAUCUGUUGCAGACCAAGGUGCUGAUUGCCUAGGUUAUUACUUUGACUGGACAAAAAGGCUUGUCAUCACCGACUCCAAAAAGCAGGCAGUGUACGAUGGGAACCACUCCAUUGGUGAUUAUAUGGCUUGGAUGUGGAGAGAAUUCCUCGUGUUUUCGGCUAUCAGAGGCUCAAGAAUUCCAGCCAAUGAAGCCAUAUGGGGUGAGAGUUACGAUGAUGCCCUCAAUCUCAUUCGCCGAACUCCCGGCGAACCGGAGAACGCGAAUGAUUUUGCUUUCUGGGACGCUCACUGGUCGGCGGAAAUGAGGACAGCCGCCAUUCGGCUCUACGCUGAACGACACCGACAUCGCAUCGCCAGUUUCUUCGAGGCGCCGUCCGUUCACCUGUACACCUCUUUGGUGUCAGAUUAUCCUGACAUCGAGUCUUCACUCUUAAUCUCAAUCAAGCAAAACGUUUUUGGGGAAGAACCUUCCAUUUCCUACACUGACGCCGCGAAAAUUCUUGCCAAGGCAUCCCAAACAGAAGAUAUCGUCUGUUUGCUCGAUAGAUUGAUCGAGGAAGGUAUCUCUCAUCAUAACUCUACCAUUCUUGUCAUUAUGAAGCACCUCUCCACGAUGUCCGACGAGGAGCAACGCGCUCAUGGGCUCCAAGUCGUCAAAGAUGGGUUAGAGACAGCAAAGCAGGACGCGUUGAAUGCCCUCGCGCACCUAUUUCCAGGGUUAAAGGAUGCGCAGCUUUGGCUUCGAAGUCUGAUAGAUGCGGGGAGACUCACUUGUGACGAAGAUCUGUUCGAUGAUAGCUAUUCUGAGCGGGAGAGAAAUCUUAGAAGCUUUGCUGAGCGUGCGGCCCAAGGAGGCCCUUUGACUGACCCGGAUUGGUCACCUCCAAAGAAAAAGGGGGCCGAUCCAGACGAUAUCCAUCGCAAGGAGGAGCCUAAACGCGACUUGGUGCGCUGUAUUCGGGAUUGGGCGCAGAUUCUCUGCCAGUGGCCUGACGAGAAGGCAGCUGCGGAUUUGUGGAGUACAGUGAAGUCUGAUGGUUCCGAGCUGCUUUUGUCGUCUGUGGAGGGCGCAGAGGAGGCGUUAAUGGAUCGUAUCAAGGUGGCUGAUUCGUUGCAGGCAGAAAAGCGAAGUCAGGACAAACCUACGCUCGCAGAGUGCCCUGCGACACCAUCAUCGCGUCAACAGCUUCUCACUUGGAGGGUUACAGCUACAUUUGACGAUUAUUACGAGUCUCCCAGCUACGUUUACGGUUAUGUCACGGACGGCCUGCAAGCAUUGAUCAAGACAUUCUCCUGUCAAGAUCACCGUGCUUUGGGUAAGUGAAUAAUCAAAUCUAGGACGAUGGUGCCAGGUACAGUCACAUAUUCUCGUCUCGAUAUUUCUCGUGCUUCUUUAUGUCCUGCUGCUUCGUAUAGCUUUCUCUAUAGACAAUCAUAAAAUUACUCACCUUAUUAUUUAUACACAUUC